AUGGGAAGCAAAGCAUUUUCCGUGCUUGGCCUGGUCAUCUCUUUGGGAGUAUUUAUCCUAGCGCUGCAAACCGUCACCGGAGAUGUGUCCUAUUCUUUUCCAGAGGAGAUGAAACGCGGCUCAGUUAUUGGAAAUAUAGCGAAAGAUGUUGGACUUGAGGUGGGCAAACUGACUGCCCGAAAGGCUCGUAUUGAUGCAGACGGAAACAGCAAACUGUAUUGUGACAUUAAUCUCAGUACUGGAGAUAUUAUCGUUGCCGACAGGAUUGACAGAGAGGGUCUUUGUGGCAAAAAGGCAUCUUGCGUUUUAAAACAGGAGCUUGUUUUAGAGAACCCUUUAGAGCUGCACCGCAUUAGUGUUCAUGUUCAAGAUAUCAACGAUAAUUCGCCACAGUUUAAAAAGAAUACAAUAAAAUUUGAAAUUGGGGAAUCGGCGAUUAAAGGAAGUCGCUACCGUCUAGAUGAGGCCCACGAUGCAGAUGUCGGACAAAACGCCAUCCAGGGCUAUAGUAUCGAGAGAAAUGAAAACUUCAGAUUGAAUGUUAUUGCAAAAAGCGGAGGAGGAAAAUACAGUGAGUUAGUUUUAGAGAAAGAGCUGGAUAGAGAACAACAGCAAGAGCUAAUGGUUGUGCUUGUGGCAACAGACGGAGGCUCCCCUCAGAGAUCAGGUACUGCAGUUAUUCACGUUACUGUACUGGAUGCUAAUGAUAACGCUCCAGUGUUCAGCCAGGCUGUUUAUAAAACCAGUAUUGCCGAAAACUCUCCUUUAGAAUCUGUUGUGGUCACAGUGAGUGCUACUGAUGCAGACGAGGGAAUCAAUGGAGAGGUGACAUAUGAAUUUGAUCACAUUUCAGAUGAGAGUAAUAACUUGUUUUCUAUUGAUCAGGCAACUGGUGAAGUGAAAGUAAGUGGAUCAAUAGAUUAUGAGGAGUUGUCCGCCUAUGAAAUACAAAUUGCAGCCAAAGAUGGUCUUGGAUUAGUGUCAUCUUCUACAUUAAUAAUUGAUAUCACAGAUGUCAAUGACAAUGCGCCUGUUACGUUCAUUAAGUCACUGACAAAUCCCAUGCCAGAAGAUACCCUACCUGGUACAGAGGUGGGCAUCGUUAACGUGCAGGAUAGAGACUCUGAGAAUAACGGACAGGUCCGCUGCUCCAUUCAGCAAGGCGUCCCUUUUAAGUUGGUCCCUUCUAUUAAAAACUAUUAUUCUCUGGUGACCACAGGACAACUGGACCGUGAACUAGUGUCUGAUUACAACGUUACAAUCACUGCCACUGACGAGGGCUCUCCACCUCUGUCCUCCUCUAAAACUGUUCAGUUAUCUGUAGCAGACAUAAACGACAACCCACCUGUGUUUGAGGAACAGACCUACAGCGCAUAUGUGACUGAAAAUAACAAACCUGGCUCCACUUUAUGUUCCGUUACUGCUCGAGACCCCGACUGGAGACAAAACGGUACAGUGAUUUAUUCUCUGUUACCCGGUGAGGUGAACGGUGCCCCGGUGUCCUCCUAUCUAUCUGUUAACGGAGACACGGGGGUGAUCCACGCUGUGAGAUACUGUACCCCGCCCCGAGGCAACUCCUUCAUGACCGAGCUGGUCCCCAAAGCUGCACACGGAGGCUCUCUGGUGUCCAAAGUGAUAGCGGUGGACGCGGACUCCGGACAGAACGCCUGGCUGUCCUAUCAUAUAGUCAAAUCCACUGAUCCGGGACUUUUCACUAUUGGUGUCCACAGCGGAGAGAUCAGGACACGGCGGGACAUUUCUGAGUCUGAGAGCAUGAAACAGAACCUUAUUGUAGCAGUGAAAGAUAACGGACAGCCCUCUCUCUCUGCCACCUGUUCCAUGUAUUUACUUAUUUCUGAUAACUUGGCUGAGGUGCCAGAAUUGAAGGAUAUUUCUUAUGAUGAGAAGAACUCCAAACUGACCUCUUAUCUGAUCAUCGCGCUGGUGUCUGUGUCCACCUUUUUUCUGACCUUCAUUAUCAUCAUCCUGGGUGUGAGGUUUUGUCGCAGGAGAAAGCCCAGACUGUUGUUUGAUGGAGCAGUUGCCAUCCCCAGCGCUUAUCUCCCUCCUAAUUACGCAGAUGUUGACGGCACAGGAACUUUACGCAGCGCUUACAAUUAUGACGCCUACCUGACAACAGGUUCUAGAACCAGUGACUUUAAGUUUGUGACGUCUUACAAUGACAACACACUGCCUGCUGACCAGACUCUGAGGAAAAGUCCUUCUGACUUUGCGGAUGCGUUUGAAGAUUUAGAUCCGUCUGUAGAGGUAGGAACCGUUCAAACUGCUUCACUGCUCACAAUGCGUUUUUGA